CAUCCCUUCCUAUCUUCCCUCCUUCCUUCUCUCCUCCCUUUCCUCCUUCCUUCCUUUCUUCCUUCCCUUGCUAGCAUAUCUCCCAAAGGCACCUUAAGGCUGGACUGGAUGGCCCCUGGGGGUCCUUUCCAACUCUAGGAUUCUAUGUAUUCCUGCAGGACAGAAGGGGGUUGGACUGGAUAGCCCUUGGAGGAUCCCUUCCAACUUUUGGAUCCUGUGAAUCUAGGAUGCUGUGUCUUGCUGCAGGGCAGCAGGAGUUUGGACUGGAUGGCCUCUGGGGGUCCCUUCCAACUCUGGGCUCCUUGGAGCAGAGGCAUCUUUGAGUUGGAAGAGCCCAACGGGGCUGCUCUACCCGGGCGCGGCCGCUAGAGGGCGGGUCAGUGGCACUCCUCCUCCUCUUUCUGCUGGUGCUGCUGCUGCUGCUUCUCUUGCUGGGCAACCUGUAGCCACCGCAGCAGUCGCUGGGCUGAGGAUCGCCUGGCACCUGCCAAGCCCAGAGCCAGCUAGCCAGCCCUCCGGAGAGAGAAAAGGCCAGCUGGCUCUUGCUGAGGCUUGGCUCGGUGGCGAUCGCCCCCAAAACUGGCUUUUGGGCUGGUAAGCUGUCUGGGGGGCUAGUGGUGCCAGGGCUUUGGAAAGCCACCCUGCCAGCCUGCCAGGCUCAGAGGCACCCUGCCUUGGAAGAAUCUUGAUCCCACUCCAGGGAUCCUGGAAAAGAAAGACAAGCAGAAGGAAGAGAGGAGGGAUCAAGAGGACCAGUAGCCCACUGGGGGCUUGGACUUGCCCAGCUGGCCUGCCUUGAUCCUGGGCAGCAUGGCCAAGAAGACCUCGCUCCAUUUCCGCGUGGGGGAAGGAAGGGACCUGCCUGCCAAGGAUGUGUCCGGCACGAGUGACCCCUACUGCAUCAUCAAAGUGGACAACGAAGUGGUCGCCAGGACUGCAACUGUCUGGAAGAAUCUCAACCCUUUCUGGGGGGAAGAAUACACCCUCCACCUUCCAAUGGGCUUCCAUAACCUCUCUUUCUACGUUCUGGAUGAAGACACCAUUGGGCAUGAUGACAUUAUUGGCAAAAUUACCCUCAGCAAAGAGGCCAUCUCUUCCAACCCACGGGGAAUUGACCGCUGGAUCAACCUGAGUCGUGUCGACCCCAAUGAGGAAGUGCAAGGGGAAAUCUCACUGGACCUACAGAUAGUGGAGGAAGCCCACAGGCGGGUCCUUUGCUGCCAUGUCAUUGAAGCCAGGGACCUUGCACCACGGGAUCUCUCUGGCACCUCAGACCCCUUUGCCAGAAUUCUGUGGCAUGGGCAUGUCCUGGAAACGGCUAUUAUCAAGAAGACCCGCUUCCCCCAUUGGGAUGAGAUGUUGGAGUUUGUCUUGGAGGAAGGGAUUUCUGGGGAGACCCCUCUUGUCGUGGAAGUGUGGGACUGGGAUAUGGUGGGCAAAAAUGACUUUCUGGGUCGGGUUGAGUUCUCUUUGGAUGCCAUGCAGCAAGGCUCCCCCAAAGGCUGGUAUCGCCUGCUGCCCUUCCCCAGUGCAGAGGAGGAUGCUGGGGGGAAGCUGGGGGCCCUGAGGCUGAGGGUUCGGCUCUCCGAGGAUAGGAUCCUGCCCUCCAGGUAUUACCAGCCCCUCACUGAGCUACUGGUGGAGUCCAUCUUGUGUCCUUCAGAGGACGACAUCACGCCCGUCACCCUGCUGGAAGAUGUUUGCUCUGUGGAGAGUCGCCAAGAUGUUGCCACUAAGUUAGUCAAGAUCUUCCUGGGGCAAGGCCUGGUGGUGCCCUUCUUGGACUAUCUGAACCAGCGUGAGAUUUCAAGAACGACGGAUCCAAACACCCUCUUUCGCUCUAACUCCUUGGCCUCCAAAUCCAUGGAGCAGUUCAUGAAGGUGGUGGGGAUGCCCUACCUGCAUGAGGUGUUGAAGUCCAUCAUUAACCGGAUCUUUGAGGAGAAGAAGUACGUGGAGCUGGAUCCCUGCAAGAUCGAACCAAGCCGGACCAGGCGCAUCUCCUUCAAGGGCUCCCUGUCUGAGGCGCAGAUACGAGAGAGCAGCUUGGAGGUGCUGAAGGUCUAUCUCAGGGACAUCAUGGAGUCCAUUAUAGGCUCCAUGGAGAAAUGUCCUGGCGCUAUGAGAGUCACCUUUAAACAGUUGCACAAGCAGGUGGCAGAUCGCUUCCCGGAACCAGAGAACCAGGAGGCAAAGUACAUUGCCAUCAGCGGCUUUCUCUUCCUGCGUUUCUUUGCUCCUGCCAUUCUGACGCCCAAACUGUUCAACCUCCGAGACCAGCAUGCGGACACACAGACCAGUCGUACCCUCUUGCUCUUGGCUAAGGCAGUGCAGAGUAUUGGAAACCUUGGCCUCCAACUAGGGUAUGGCAAAGAACAGUGGAUGGAGCCCCUGCAUCCCUUCAUCUUGUCCAGCAUCGAACGAGUCAAGGAAUUCUUGGAUCGGCUGAUCGAUGUGGAUUCUGAGAAUGAGGCGAGCGAGAGGCAGCCCUGGACCCUCUUCCACCCCUCUGCCACCAUCAAAGAGGGCUACCUUCACAAACGCAAGGCUGACAGCCUCCACUUGGUCUCGCGCUUCACCUUCAAAAAACGCUACUUCUGGCUGAGCAAUGAGACCCUCUCCUACUCCAAAUCUCCCGACUGGCAGGUGCGCACUUCCAUCCCUGUCCAACGGAUCUGUGCGGUGGAACGGGUAGAUGAAAAUGCUUUCCAGCAGGCACACAUGAUGCAGAUAACCACGCGGGACAACGGAGGGCAGCUUCUCACCAUGUACAUCCAGUGCAAGAAUGUCAAUGAGCUCAACCAGUGGUUGUCGGCCAUCCGGAAAGUGACUGUCUCCAAUGAUUGCAUGCUGCCCUUUUGCCACCCGGGCACCUUCCGUGGCAAUCGCUGGACUUGCUGCUUACAGACUGACCGUACUGUUCACGGCUGCAGCCGCACGCACUCGGCAGUGACCCUGGGGGACUGGAGUGACCCGUUGGACCCAGACACAGAAGCCCAGAUGGUGUACAGGCAGCUCGUGUCGGGCACAGACAAGCUCAGGGAGAAAUACCAGGAGUUUUCCAUCAUGGGCGCCAUGCAGGAACAAGACAGCAGGGCUGAAAAAGAUGCCAGCAGCCGGAGGAUGGCAGCAGCCGCUCGCCUUUUAGAAAUCAUCCAAGAUCUGGAACGGGCCCACGACGCUUUUGAGCGUCGGGAAAAAGAGGACUUAAAAGAGCAGGCAGUGACCAACACAGUGCCCCAGGCCUAGGCGGUUUCUUCUGUUUGGACCCCCCAGUUGUGUGUUUCCUCUGUAUCGUCAUGAUGUAUUUACAUCUGUCAGGGUUGUCAUGUGCGUGUAGGGGGAGCUGGGCUCAGUCACCUGUGUGACACCUUUGUAGCUUUUGAGACUGUGAUCCCAGGAUCACGUUUAGUUCAUGGUCCCCAAAGGAAGGAGAGGAUGGGGGAAAAGCCACAGCUUUGCACCUUCUUGGGACCAGAUCUGGCCCACGUUCUGCAAGACCCCUGCUACUUGGAUGUGUUCCAGGAGAACAGAACCUUUCUGAAUUGUGCCGUUGUGGCUCUGGGUUGGUUGACCAGAGAGGUAAGCUCAAGCUUCUGAGUGUAUAUGCGUGUUGCAGAUUCAUGGGAACACAGACUGCAGUAUCGGGUGCGGCAUUUGGCGCAGUGAGAAUCUCAGCUGCUUUAAAAGGGAAACACAAAGGAACAAGUUUUGAGUCCUUGGGACUGUGAAGAUGGGCUUGAAAGCGUGGUGGGAUGGUGCCUUCUGAAGUUUCAGAAAGUAGCCCAACGCUUGCUGGAGGUUUUUCAACAGGCACCGAGAGAAACCUGGGUGCCUCUACAAGCAUGGGAAGGGAUUCUGGGGAAAUAAAUGGAGAAUAAAUGAUGU